CUACAUCCACCCGCUCGACCCAACUCCAUCGGCAGGAUGUACGGGGACUCGCUGUUCCCCGCCUCCACACUCAUCCCCGUCACGGCCGUCUGCCUCUUCCUCUUCCUGGUAGGGGUGGCGGGAAACACCAUGACCAUCCUCAUCAUCCAGCGCUUCAAGGACAUGAAGACCACCACCAACCUCUACCUGUCCAGCAUGGCUGUCUCCGACCUCUUGCUCUUCUUCAGCCUGCCCUUUGACCUCUACCGCCUCUGGAAGUACGUGCCGUGGGUGUUUGGCGGGCUGGUGUGCCGCCUCUACCACUACGUCCACGAGGGCUGCACGUACGCCACCAUCCUGCACAUCACGGCGCUGAGCAUGGAGCGCUACCUGGCCAUCUGCUACCCGCUGCGCACCAAGGCUGUGGUGACCAAGCGUCGCGUCAAGCUGGUGAUCCUGGCGCUGUGGGCCUUCGCCCUGCUCUCUGCCUCGCCCAUGCUCCUCCUGGUGGGUGUGGAGUACGAGAACGCCACGCAGGCCGACGACGACAUGCGCCAGUGCAUGCCCACCAGCUACGCCAUCCAGUCGGGCUUCUUCAACACCAUGAUCUGGGUGUCCACCGUCUACUUCUUCGGGCCCAUGCUGUGCCUGCUGUUCCUGUACGGCUCCAUCGUGAGGAAGCUGUGGAGGAACAAGAUGGAGGAGCUAGAGCUGAGGGGGCCGUGCGCCGUGGCCCGGGCCAAGUCACACCGACAGACCAUCAAGAUACUCGCCAUGGUGGUUCUGGCCUUCGCCAUCUGCUGGCUUCCGUACCACAUCGGCCGCAACCUCUUCACCUACGCCAAUGACUACUACGAGGCGCGGCUGAGCCAGGACUUCAACGUGGCCUCCAUGGUGCUGUGCUACCUGAGCGCCUCCAUCAACCCCGUGCUGUACAACCUGAUGUCCAAGAAGUACCGCGCCGCCGCCCACCGCCUCUUCCUGCUGCGGAGAGAGGCCCAUCGCCGUAACUACCGGCGCGGAGUAGGAGGAGGAGGGGUAGGAGGGGGAGGGGCGGGGCAGGCCCGUGCGCUGUCUGUGAGGGACGAUGACAUCACCACGUGCACAGAGAACUUCACUGAAGUUUAGGAAAAGACAGAGAUGGAGGUACAGAGGACGAGGAAAAGUAGAGAGAUGGGGUGGAAAAGAGGAGAAGAGGCUGAUGAGAGGGAGGGGACAGAAUGGACAAUGGAAUAUGGAACGUUACCAGGUUGAAGAGUGGUGGAAAAAGAGAAAGGGUGACAAAGUGAGAGAUGGAGAGGAGCAUGCAUAGGUUUAAGAAACAGAGAGAGGGGUAGAUAGAGAGAGGAAGAGAGUCAGACUGAGGAAGAUUGGAAAGGCGAUGAAAAAAAAGGCAUUAUACACCUCCACUGAGAUUUUGAUUUGUGUCUUAGAGGGUUACGGAUUGGUGUGAGGCGGACAGAAAAGAGAGAGAAUAGUGUCAGAGUGACCCAGGUGCUGUUCCUGUGAAAACCUCAUUGAGCAUCCUGGUGGGAUCAAGCAGCAGGGUGGUUAAGACUGAAGAGGCAGGGUGUGGAGGAAAAGUCACGGUUCUUACAGUGGUGCCUAAUAAGGAGCCUUCAGCAGAGUGUUAACAGAGAAGGUGAACAUGCGAAAAACAAGGAAACCACAGAGCUGAGGUGACUAAGUAAAUAACUCUUUAAAGAUCAUUAACUGUUGCCAUUUGUGAUACAAAAGACCAGAGUCUGCAAAAAAGAACCUUGCAAAAAAUGUAUGUAACCUAGGCUAUGUAUUCAAGUACAUUUUACUUAUUUUUUCACGUCUUAUUAUUAUACACAUUUUACAAUUACAUGUAUUUGUGACAUAUGAAAUCAGAUCCAUUUUGUUGGAACAU